GAUGCACGAUACACGAUACACGAUACACGCUCGAGACAACGAUAACAGUUGGUCGUGCAGAAAUAAGCGGCCGUUUCUUUCUUCCCCUCCAAGGCUGUCCUUGUGUCUGCGAGUCUUUGUUUCCUUUGAAUUCCUUUUCAACUAUAUAUAUCCUCCCAAUUUUGGCCCUGCAACUUCACCUACUCCACCACUCCGUACACUCUAGUGGGGCGUAGAAAUCAAAAGAUCAUCAAUCACCAAUUUUGCUUGUUUGUAACACUUACCGAGUACCGAAGGAACGGCUGUACUCAAGGAUUCUGCAGAAAUCCAUUAUCGAAGUGCCCUUUUCAGUGGAAUACUUGAUGCAAGUCUUUCGGACCCUCCGAGCAUCACUAAGUCACAUUAGACUCGAACCCUCUGUCUCUGGGUUAUUGGCUACAUAUAUAAGUUGGAUCGUGGAAGAGUAAUUUUCAAACGCGCGACGUACCAAUUUGGUGGAGGCAAAAGCCGUUUUUUUUUUUCGACAUUCAAGAUAAUCAUUUUUCGGACAUACAAUGAUAGGGAAAGUUCAGUAAUUAAGGCGGCCAGCAAGUACUAUUCAUAUAUCGAUAAACAAGGGCAUGAAUCCUUCCUGACUGCAACUUUCCUCACACCCUUGGACCCCGCUGCGAGACCGUCCAGACGGAUUAAUACUUUUUCUUCCGCUGCAAUUUUAGACGGCAAAUUUGUUGGCCAGAGUUCCGCUUGUUCAGAAGCCAAAUUUUGAUGGCAAUGGGGAUAUAGCAUAUCAACAAUAAAUCUACUCAUCUGAAAACUCCGAAUACUGAAAGAUCCAGUGCUAGAGUAAGGAUGCGUCGAGCCGGGCAAAGCGCGGCUGAUACUCCGCUACUACGAGUUUCUAGACCAGUCUCAGCAUGUUCAAGAUGUCGAGCCGCAAAAAUUAAGUGCGAUGGAAAACUACCUGCGUGUACUGCGUGUGAGAAAUCUGGAAGACUGAACGAAUGUUCAAGUGCAAAUGAUCAGUUUGCGAAGGGGAAGGAAAGGAGUUAUGUUGCUUCUCUUGAAUCACGAGUCGAGAAGCUCGAGAAGCGCCUUGCAUACGCUCGGUUAAGGAAAGCAUCUGUUGCGAUGCAUGAUGUCGAUACACCAACGGAAUUGCCAGACCGAAAGGACUCUCUAGCUACCAUUAGAGCAGCAAUCCAUGGAAAGGCAGCUAGAAAGAGGGAGGCUGCUGAUGUAAAUGAAUUGGUCUCGGACUUUGGUUUCUUGUCUGUCCAUGCUACCACACGCGAUUUCGAAUCCUCUACAACAAAUAUGACAUUUGCUAGACUCAUUCUUUCGGCGGCCAACCAUGACGAAUUGCCUGAGUCCGGCUCCCUACAAUUGCCACUGAGAUCUGUGGCGACGGCAUCGAUUCAAUAUUAUCUCGAUAAUAUUUUUGCUCUAUAUCCGAUUGUCUCCGAGACAGCUCUAUUCAAUGCAUUAGACAAAAUCUAUCAGGGGGGUAGUCAACCGGUGACUGAUUUUGAGCACUGGCUAUUCUACAUGGUCUUGGCCAUAUCAUCCACCGCUCAAUCCCGAAAUCAUUUAGACUCCAAAUACGAGGAAGGUGUUUCUUGGGCUGGUCGUGCUCUUGCCUACGCCGAUCAUGUUCUCAUGCCAGGUCAUGUUUCCCAAAUUCAGGCCUUGGUGCUGUUUGUUCAGUAUGCAAUGCUGGAUCCAGCCCACUUUGAUAGUUGGCAGUUGAUGGGGUUUGCUUGUCGGGCAGUUGUUGAUUUGGGAUUUCAUCAAGAUCCGCCUAAAGAGCAACAACCAGACAAAAAAGCAUUAGACAUGAGGAGGAGGAUAUUUUAUUGCGUUUACUCGCUCGAUAGAUCUAUCAGCAUGGUUCAUGCAAGAGCAUUUUCCUUCACGGACGACUCAUCUAGCGUUGAAUACCCAUCCGUAUCGCCCACGUUCCCUACAAUGGGUCAGGCAGAUCCAAUAGUUGGCCCUCAUUCCAUGGAUUCUGCACAUCUGUUGUGGCAAUUGCGACGUGCUCAGUCAAGUUGGUAUCAAGAGCUGUUUCAGUCCAGUCGAGAACCAUUGCCACAAGGCUCAACAUAUCUCUGGAAAAUGUGCCAAGAAAUGCGAGAUUGGUCUAAUUCCUUUCCUGGGUCACUUCCGCUUGCUUUCAAGGAUUUCUUUGAAUUGGAACUACUCUAUAGCUACGUGUAUUGUCUUGCCCCAUCAUGCCGAGUUCAUGUAGUAUCAGAUUAUGCAAAGAAUUUGAUUUUCGACUACGCCAUAGCAUACAUGCAAAAGAUUUUUUCUAUCAGUCAAGAUCCUAUCAACAAGGCAUUCUAUACCUAUCAUGAUGCUCUACGAGUUUAUUUCAUUGGAAGUCAGUUGAUGGCGGUGCUAUCAGACAGUCAAGAUCAGAUAUUCAAUGGCUCAUACAACACUAGUGGAACGAGCUCUCCACCACCCUCUCUUCCGAUAGUCACUGGAUCUGGUCACAUCGAUCGGAGCCUCAACUGUAUAAACCACAUAAAGGAAACUUUGAGAACAUUUGGUCAAAGAUGGGAGGAUUCGAAGGCACUCCUGUCGAGUUUCGACGCUCGAGCUGAGCCAAUCAUUGCGAGCCUGCACAGGAGACAACAGCAGCAGCAGCAACAACAAUAUAUCAAAGAAGAGUCUCCCAUUGAUCACAGCCCGAAUUAUAUGCCACCACCUGGCUACGAUCAUAGAACUUAUCAAAUGAAGCAUGAGUGGCCAAAUAUGAACUCAAUGUAUCCGGACACCUCAGGAUUUGGCGGAGCAGGCCAUGGAGCUGGAGCAACCGGCUUGUAGAACAAAUAAAGUACUUGAACAACCGUCGACUACCGACUCUCAUUUUUAAACUGGUUAAUAAAGUAUCAAUCUAUCAAUAAAUUCAUGACAUCACCA